AUGGCGCCGGGACACGGUUUCCUGAAGGCCGUGGCGCUGAUCAUGGCGCCGGUAGCGCUCGCCGUCGCUCUGUACAACUACAAUCCCGGGGACUUCUCGCCGGCGCCGAUGCCGCCGGAGUACUCGUACGGGCCCGACGUGUCCGCGCCGCGGCACGAGGCGCGCGCGCUGGAGCGCAGCGAGCGCGUGGGAGAGGGGCGGCUCCCGGGCCCGGAGGACCUCGCGUACGACGCCGCCGGCGGGUGGCUGCGGGGACGUCGAGGACUGGGCCCGGACCGGGGGACGCCCGCUUGGCGUCGCGCUCGCGGCGGACGGCGGCCUCGUCGUGGCCAACGCGGACAUCGGGCUGCAGAGGGUGAGCCCAGAAGGGAAUGUGGAGCUAUUGACGGACGCGGCGGAGGGUUCGCGCUGACCGACGGCGUGGAUAUCGCCGCCGACGGCACCAUCUACUUCACGGACGCGUCGUACAAGUACAACCUCGCCAACCACAUGGCGGACGUCCUCGAGACGCGGCCCCACGGGCGGCUCAUGAGCUUCGACCCGUCCACGGGGCGGACGGUCGUGCUCGUGCGCGACCUCUACUUCGUCAACGGCGUCGCCGUCGCGCCGGACCAGAGCUCCCUUAUCUACUGCGAGACGGUGAUGUGACGGCCCGACUGAGAGCGGGGUGCUCGUACAGAGCGAGCGCGAACGGGAUCGCGAUGACGGUGUAGUCAAAUACGAAGAACAAGAGAUCCGUCCAUCGACCUGCAAACGCGCACGGAAUUUGGUGAGACGACAUUGUCAAU